AUUACAACAAAAUCAUCCACUCCUUCAGUGAACAAGAUCCUCCUUUUUCUUAUACAUUUUGUUUGUGAUUAGUGAUUAGUAAAUCAUGACUUCCGCUAGUAUUGAAAUUGAGAUUCCUUCUUCAUAUCCCGCCGAUAAGGUUUUUAAAGUAUUCAGCGAUUUUGAUAAUAUUGCGCCUAAAGUCAACCCUGAUGUCUUCAAGUCUAUCGAGACAAUCGAAGGCAACGGAGAUGUCGGAACCAAGAAGAUCUUCACAUUCGGUGAUGCCGUCCCGUUCACAAGUGGAAAAUAUAAGGUUGAUGCCAUUGACACGAGCAACUUUAGCUAUAGCUACUCSUUUUUCGAUGGUGACUGCUUGAUGGGCAUAUUGGACUCUAUCACUCAUCAUAUUAAGGUUGUACCUUGUGAUGGAGGAAGCAAAUUCAAGCAAACAGUCAUUUAUAACUGCAAAGGCAACGAUAAGCCAUCUGAAGAGAUUCUUAAGGCUGAAAAGGAAAUAUAUGAGAAAACCUUCAAGGCUAUCGAGGCUUAUGGUGCUGCCCAUCCCGAAUCUUAUUGAGUUAUCUUCAUCAACAUGUUUUAUUAUGGAUUCAAAUCCUUUUCAUUUCCGUUGGUGUGUUUUUGUGCUACUUUCUCUAUUAUGGUUUGAAAUAAUGGACAAUGAUCCAAUUUAUAGUGUACCAUGUUUGGGUUGAUGUGAUAAAAACAAAUUUCCCUAAUUUAAGGCAUGCUUAUUUUCUUGUCC